AUGAACAUAGACAAAGCCCUCUGUGAUAUUGGAGCUAGUGUGAGCCUAAUGCCCUUAUCUAUAUGUCAAAGGCUGAAUAUUGGAGAAUUGAGAUCAACUACUAUCUCAUUACAAUUAGUAAACAGGUCUAUCAAGUAUCCAAUUGGCAUCUUAGAGAACAUCCCUUUCAAAGUGGGUAAAUUUUUCAUUCCUAUAGAUUUUGUUGUCCUAGAAAUGGAGGAAGAUGUCCAAAUUCCCAUAAUAUUAGGAAAGCCUUUCUUGGCAACCGAUGGAGCAAUUAUAGAUGUCAAAAAUAAGCAGUUAACUCUCAAAGUGGGAGAUGAAGAGGUGGAGUUUAACCUGUUUAAAGCAAUGAAGCACAAGCCUGAAUUUGAUGAAUGUUUAAGGGUUGACAUCAUAGACAAGCUAGUAGAGGAAGAAUUUCAAAAAUGA